AUGAGCUUCAUCAGCAGGAUCAGCGUGUUUCUGCUGCUACUCCUGGCGGGCGUAACCAAGCCGAAUCAAGCGUGCAAACUGUACUCGAAGAGCAACCUGCGCACCAAGUCCGAUGGCGUCCAGUUCCUGCGGCUGAAGGAGGAUUUCCCGGUCGGCGGGGAGAUCGUGUCGCUGUACGCGUACCCGCGCAACUCGAUCCUCAUUCCGCGCACGGAAAACUCGAGCGACUACGAGUACUUCAAGCUGAAGGAGAUCAACAGCACGGUGGUGAGCGUCAUCCUGAACCGCAGCCUGGACAGUCUCGUCGAUUCGCCCGACCCGCAGAGCAUCCUCAAGUUUAGCGUGUUCUGCAGCGGCACGUCCGCCUCGAGCAUGAAGCAGGACAACUCAUCAUUUUUUACAAUUACUGUUUACAUUGAAGACAUUAACGAUAAUGAUCCCGAAUUUAUCAAUCUACCGUACGUGGUGACGCUGGACGAAUCAACGCCAAUUGAGACGGUGGUGUUUAAUAGAAUUAAGGCAAUUGAUCGUGAUAAGCCGAACACGCCGAACGCCGACAUCGAGUACGCGCUGGCGGCGAAGCACAUGAAGAGCGGCGACUUCCCGUUCCGCCUCGAGGGCUCCCAGCAGCCGGCGCUCAUCCUGCAGCGGCCGCUCGACUACGACGCCGGCUGGCGCUCGAUGAGCGUCCAGAUCGUGGCCAGCGACCGGGGCAACCCGCCCCGCACCGCCAACACCACGAUCCGGGUGAACCUGCGCGACGUCGACGAUCUGCCGCCGGUCUUUACGCGGCCCGCCUACCGGACGCGCAUCAAGGAGUCGUUUCCGCUCACGGGUAAGACGAUCCACGUGCCGCUGUACUUCGAGCCACCGAUCAUGGCGUUCGAUCAGGACUCGCUCAACGAAACCCUCGUCUACGGCAUCGUGGCCGGAAACGAGCGGCAACUGUUCUGGAUCGCGCCCGAGACCGGCGUGCUGCACCUGCAAAAGGAGAUCGAUCUGGAGGGCGAAAGUCUGCCCGACAACACCUUCACGCUGCAGAUCGAGGCCCGCCAGAUAGGGGACCCCAUGAAGAGUGCCUUCGCCCGCGUGGAGGUCGAGGUGAUGGACCUGAACGACAACGUGCCCGAGUUCGAGGUGGAUCUCUACAACAUCUCCAUCAUCGAGAACCUGCCGAAGGGCUUCAGCAUCCUGCAGGUGAACGCCGUCGACCGGGACCAGGGUGAGAACGCCGAGUUUUACUACUACCUGGUGGACGAGGAGCCGGCCGGGGCGUUCAUGAUCGACCACGGCUCCGGCUGGAUCGUGGUGCGGGACGAGACGUUUCUGGACAAGGAGCAGCGCGGGGCACUCACGAUGAACGUGCACGCGGUCGAGCGGAUCGAGCAGUACGACCGGAGCCGCAACUACGGCAAGGUCCAGGUGGAGAUCACGCUGCUCGACACCAACGACAACACGCCCGAGUUUGAGCAGGGCACGCUGUACGAGUUUAAGACACACUGUAACGCGUCCGCCGGUUCGAAGGUGGGCCAGAUCCGGGCCCGUGAUCCUGACUCGGCCGGUAACGGACAGGUCCGGUACCAGAUCAAAAACGUACGGCCCAACCUUUCGAUCCCGUUCCGGCUGGACGAGAGCACGGGCGACAUUCGGGUGGCUGAGACGCUCACCUACGGCAAGGUGGCGUUCUUCGUGGAGGCACGAGACCAGCCGCAGAACCCGUCCGAAUCGCGUUUCAACGUGGCACUCGUAACGAUCGACAUCGUGUGCCAGUCGAUUGAGGACAUCGAGUUCAUCGGCGCACCAUACGAGUUUUGGGUCGGAGCGGACGCCGCCAUCGGCUCGUCCGUCGGCCAGAUCCGCACCACCUUUGACCUGGUGGCGGACGAGGAGAUCUUCUUCGAUCUGCUGCACUCCUACCCGGAGGGCGUUCCGUUCGCCAUCGAGGAGCGGUCCGGCAUCGUGACGGUGAUCGAGUCCAUGGCCCGCUUCAACCGGCGCUGCUACGAGUUCGAAACGGUUGUCUCGUACCUGCCCGAUGCGGCCGGCCACAAGAACAUGGACCAACUGACGCCGGAAGCGUACAACAGUCUGGAGAAGAUCAUCGUUACCAAUGUAACCAUUCACGUCAUCAAGAAUAACUUCAUGCUGCUGCGCGGCACCAACUCGACCCCGAUCGAGUUCCGCGUGAAGGAGAACAAACCGAACACGCUGAUCGGGCAGCUCAAGUUCCAGGACUUUCAGGAGCAGUGCGAUGCCGACGAGAAGGGACUGCCACCGCUGAUCUCGGUGCGGGGCGACAAGAACCGAGCCGAUCGGCAGGUGUUCCAACUGAACGGUGGCAAGAACCGGACGCGCUAUGCACGCCGUUUCACACGCGACGUAUCCCGGACCCCGGAUCCUUCCUUCGUUCGGCUCUAUCCACUCGUGACGUUCGAUGCGAUCGCUACCCGUCCCGCCGGGAACGGUAGUCGAAGGGCGCGGAACUCGCGGAACCCGACGAGCGGCGUUCAGUACUCGCUGGUGAACAGCUACGACGUGGCCGACACGGUGCGCCUUACGAACGACGGCAAACUGAUGACGAUUCAGGGGCUGGACCGGGAAAAGCAGGACGUCAUCCGGGUGACGAUCAUCGCGGAGUACUUCUACAAGCAGCGCACCUUCGCCGGCAUCUACCAGGUGCUGAUCGUGGUGGACGACGAGAACGACAACCCGCCCACGUUCAACCGACCGUUCUACCUGGGCGUAAUCGCCGAGAACUCCCCGAUCGGUACGGAGAUCGUGCUCAACAACCCGAUCAUCAUCUCCGACCAGGACGUCGGCUCCAACGGAGACUACGAGUUGAUCCUUUCGGGCGAAUCGAACUCGUUCAUUGCCCAGUUCUCCAACUCGACACUCUCGAACUACAACAAAACGGUAGCACACAUCUUUCGCAACCUGCAGAUCGCCAACGUGGACUCGGGCGAGUCGAAGGGUGUGGUGCUAAGGCCGGAGUACCGGCCCACGAAGCAGCUCGAUUUUGGGAACGCUUCGACACCGCACUACAACAUUCUGUUCAUGGGUCCGAAUAAGCUGGACCGGGAGGAGAUCGAAAGCGUGACGCUCAAGAUGGUGGCCACCGAUCGGGACAACCUGCAGUCGGAGGUCGAGCUGCGGAUCCUGAUACUGGACGUGAACGACUGUGCGCCGGUAUUCGAGCGGAUCGCCAUCUUCCGGAAGAGCCGCUGCGAGAUGAUCGAAAAUGCGAGCGAUCUCGAGCUGGUGUACUUGGACGAGCUGGAAACGGAGGUGCUGCCCGAGUUCCUGGAGGCUGGUGGCAGCCUUGGUGGUGGCGGCAUGACGGCCGAACUGGGUGGCCGCAUAGCGUACGGGGUGGAGAGUCUCUUCGAGAUGGUCCAAUCGGCCCCGUACGUCGGGAUGCCACGGCUCUACGAUAGCGAGGCACUGACGGUAAACCGAACCAUCGGAGCGCGCCGGAAACCGUACAAACCGAAGGCGUCCCGGCUUCCGACACGCGGAAGAAACGCACGGGCGGUGCCGAAGAAAUCGCUGCUGAAGUUUGCGCUCCCGGAGAACGUCGACGUUGGCAAGGUGAUCGUCAAGCUGACGGCCAACGAUGACGACUUUGAGAAGAAUUCGCGCGUCUACUACGAGAUCACGGGCCAGACGGAGCUGGGCAGUGGCGAGCGGGUCGGUUACUUCCGGAUCGAUCGCCACAACGGGGAGCUGAAGGUGGUCCAGCGGUUGCCGCCGGAGAGUGACAUCGGGCUCAACGUUACGGCCCGGGAUGUGGGCGGCCUGUCCGAUGUACUGCAGGUGCUGUUCCGGGUCUACGACGUCAACGAUAAUGCGCCCGUGUUCGAGAAAGCGUGGUACACGUUCAACGUGGACGAAGGUACGUACCCGAUCACGGGCAAGAAGAUUGGGCAGGUCCGGGCCAACGAUGAGGACUCGGGGAUGAACGGCAACGUGACGUACAUGCUGGUGCCGGAGGGUGAGAAAAAGAUCCCGUUCUCCAUCUCGCCCUACGAUGGCACGAUCCGGGUGAGUGGCGAGAUUGACCGCGAGGCGAUCGCCUCUUACCGGUUCAGGGUACUCGCAUCCGACAACAACUUUGACCUCAAACUGUCGGCGAUGGUCGACGUGGAGGUGAUCGUGAUGGAUCGCAACGACAACAGCCCCGAAUUCACGGCCUACGACGAGCUGCGGAACGAUCGGAAUGACGUGAAGAGCCUGCCGGCGUACGUGGCGUAUCUGGAUGUGAACGCCAAGGUCGGCACCUUCGUGAAGCAGGUUAUGGCCCGGGAUGCUGACUUCCGCGAGAACGGAAACGGCCUGGUGAUCUACUCCCUGGCGAGUCAGAGCGAUCUGCUGCAGUUCAGCAUCGACCCGAAGGACGGUGUAGUGUCGACGGCGUCAAAGUUUGCGGCACAAAGCGAGGGCAGCCGGUCCUAUCAACAUCUGAACGUGACGGUGGUGGCGUCCGACUUUGGAACCCCGCCACGGUCCAGUAUGGCGCUGCUGAUCGUUAACCUUCAGGGAGACCCGAAACACCAGUCGGUGACCGACGAGAAGCCACCACUGUUCCCGUACAAGUACUACGAGAUCGAGCUCCGGGAGAACGACCCGGCCCCAAGGAUCAUCCUGAACGUGACACUAUCGAAGCGGUACGCCAGUGAACCGUUCCGCUGGGAGAUCGUGAGCGACACGUUCGGUGAUCAGUUUCGGAUCGACGAACGGAACGGCUCGCUGUGGCUGCUGAAGCCGUUGGACCGGGAGGAACGCGAUGCGUACGAGGUGAAGAUUCGGGUCGAGAGGCUGCGGCGCGAAAGUCGCAACAUCCCGAGCGUGCUGUACGCGCUGGAAAAUCCGAUCCGACGGAAAACGCAGCGAGUGUCCGACAACGAGGUGGAGAUCAUGGUCAAGGUGGUGGACGUGAACGAUAAUGCACCGGUGUUCCGCGACAACUACGGGCCGAUCAUAUCGGUCGUCCCCGAUACGGCCAACUACGGGUACUCGGUGAUGAAAGUGGAGGCCACCGACGAUGACGCCGGAAGUAAUGGGGCGGUCCGGUACACGCUGCUGAACGAACCGGCGCGCCUAUUUGCCAUCGACCCGCUGACGGGCCAGAUUCGGUUGCUCAACUCGCUGGCCAGCUUCAAGGAGAAGGUGUUCGGGUUCGACGUGAAGGCUACCGAUCGGGAAGGGGCCGACGAUGGACAGUCCACGAUCGCGAACGUGUUCGUGUACGUGCUGCACGCGCACCAGGAAGUGUGCCUCAUCCUGGCCGGGCUACCGGUGGACAUCGAGCGGCAGCUGUCGAUGAUCGCCACCAGCCUCAGCACGGCCACCGGCUACGACAUCCGGAUACGGGCCCUCGAAAGCAACGCCAAAGUGGACGAAGCCACCAACCUCUACCUCUACGCCAUCGAUCGCAAAACGAACGGGCUCGUGGAAAUGGCCGAACUACAAAGGUCACUUUCACGGCUGGAUAUGUCGAACCUGAAGCCGAACCUGCCCAUCAUCGAGCUGACGGACCUGGCCACGAACGCCAUCGAGCCGCACUCGUUCGAUUCCGGAAUGAAGGGCAUCGAACUGGCCACGGUCGUGAUCGGCGGAUUGAUAUUUGCCGGUGGAACCGCAACAGCUCUGUGCAUUGCAUGCGCGCGCUACAGGCGGUGA